GACUUAUGUGAAUUAAUUUAGAACCAUGAUCAACACCAGAAAGCGGAGCAAGUUCCUUGAAAUGUAUCUUUUGAUAAAUGAGAAUACUAUAUUAUCAAAAUUGGGAUGUGCGCUCUUUCAAUAGCAUAUAUUUUGUUCUCCUUAAAUCACUGAAAGGUGGAGUGCUUAAAAAACAAAAUUAUUCAGAGUCUCAACCACUACAUAUUGCUUUAGUUAUCUGUCUCCCAUCAUAUGUGUGUCCCUCGUAUUAAAUAGGUGCAAAAAUUUACGUUCAUAUAUAAUCAUCAAACUCCCAUAAGAUCAGCCACACAAACAAGAUGGAUUGGUUCUCGUGGCUAUCAAAAACCGACCUUGACCCAACCAUAAGCUACGAGUACGGACUCAUCUUCGUCCAGAAGAAGCUCCAAAGUGAAGACAUUGCGCUUUUCAAUCACAACUUCCUCAGGCGACAUGGCAUUACUGUGGCUAAACACCGCCUAGAGAUUCUGAAGCUCUCGAAGAGUGAAACAGAAACACUUAGCUCCUAUCACCAUCGUCCGGCCUCAGCCAAAUUCAUCUCUGUCCUCAUUAAGGCGACAAAAAGUAUUGGCAACCGCUUCAACAAGUGGUUUUUCCUCGUAGAAACCGCCGUGAUUGAACCGGUGAUGGAGAAGCAGUCGCCAGAACCUUCUAGCCGUGGAGAAGCGUUUGUGAGUGGAAAUAUUAAAGCUAAUGACAAAAGAGCGACGGUAAAAGUGGAGAUGUUACCUGUGAUAAGGAAAAAGAGAAUUGCAAAAUCUGGACCGUUAGAUAUAAAACACCGAAUGCAAGACAAAACGACAUUUACAGCUAACCGGAGCAUGAACCUAUCUGGACCGUUGGAUCAAAGUGUUCAAGAAAGACUUUUAUUAGCUUACAGAAGCCCUGUUGUAUCGGGACAGCUAGAUGGAAACUUAAAUGAACGGCUGAAAAUAUCAGGGCCGUUAAAAGAAAGACCACCGAGCCCAAGUGUGUAUGUGGAGUACAGUAGAAGAGACGAUGACACACGAUGGGCUGCUCUGUUUCACAACUUGAAGCCAACAUAGAUCUCAAGUGCAAGUGGUUUUUGUUUAGUGCUGAAAAAACAGUAUGUAGCUUUUUUUUUUGGAGCAAAAACAGUAUGUAGCUAAGGUACUCAAUUCUGGGGUAUCCGUGGUGCUGCAUAUACAAACUAUUUUCUUGUGCUCUUACUUAUGGUCCUAUUUGUCUCUUCAAUCAUUCCGGUCUUGCUCGUUUUGAGAAAUUAAAAAAAACUGAGGUCG